UCUCUUCCAACAAACAAAGCAUGUAAUCUUACAUUAACAGGCCCAAUCUCUUCUCUCUCUCUCUCUCUCUCUCUCAAACUCCAAUUGCGAACACGGAAUCAAGGAUCAGAUUCUCUCUCUCUCUCUCUAACCCCCACCAACCUCUCCCUCUACAAAGGUCCAUAGCAUGUACUAUUCCAAACCCACUUUAUGCAAUUUGCACAUAUGCAUUCAAUCCCAUAUCAAUAGGAGUAAGACAAAACUCAAGUCAAAGGACUUCUAUUUCUCUUUCAUUAAACCUCCUAUUAGGUGUUCCCACCAAACAUACGCAACAGUUUCUUCAGCCUCAUAGGAAAGACAAAUUCCUAAACAUUAGUACCCUUGCAAGUGUUUCAGAGCAACAACAAAAACCCUUUCAUUGAUCUCUCUCUCUCUCUCUACAAAUUCCAAAACCUGAAUUGGGUUUAUGCCUAUUGAUUGUUUUUCCUUUCAUGGGUAUUUGGAUUUUCUCUGGUUUUUGGCGUUUAGAUGGAGGAUGAUGAAGAAGAUGACCAAGGAUAACACAUGUAUCUAUGCUGUAUAUAUGAAUUUGGUUUCAUGGUUAAAUCUGGAUUAGAGGUUCUUAAUCACGAUGGUUAGAGAGAAGAGACAGAUAGGGCCUGGGAUAUUGAAAUUUGGCGUGGCUUUAGCACUCUCUCUUGGUGGGAUUAUCUACUCUGUGAUCAGAACCAGGCGGAUAAAUAAACCUUCUCAAUCUCCACCACGGCCUCCUCCUCCAGGUUGUGGAAGUCUACUUGAUGCAGGAGGGGAAAACGCUGUGAUUAGAAAUGAUCACCCUGUGUUAGAGGCAGCACCCUUUUGUUCCAAUUCUGCUUCAGUUGCAUCAGAGAAACAUGAAGACUGGACAAACCAUAAGGCUUCCCCUGAUAGUUCCAUAUCUGGUCUCUCCCCAAGCAGCAGAUGUAGUGGAGACAAAGAUGGGUUCCUCUUGCCAGAGUUCAACGAACUCGUGAGGGAUUUCCAUUUGGCUGCCACAAAGGCUGGUUUUUCUCCCAAAAAGGACUCAGAGACACCUCAUUCAGAUGUAGAAGCACCCAUGUCAUUCAAACCUUAUGAAAGGGAAGACUAUGAGCAAGAGAUAAAGAAUCUGAACAACAUGGUGAGAAUUCUUAGAGAAAGGGAGAGGACACUUGAGAUCCAAUUGCUUGAGUAUUGCGGGCUCAAAGAGCAAGAAACUGCUGUCAUGGAGCUUCAUAAUCGAUUGAAGAUUCACAAUGUGGAGGCCAAGCUCUUUAGCCUAAAGAUUGAGUCAUUACAGGCUGAUAAUAGGAGAUUAGAGGCACAAGUGGCUGAUUAUGCAAAAGUUGUUGGAGAGCUUGAGGCAGCAAGAGCCAAAGUAAAGCUGCUGAGGAAGAAGCUGAAGUCUGAAUCUGAACACAAUAAGGAACAAAUUGUAGCCCUUCAGCAGAGGGUCAAAGUGCUGAUGCUCGAGGAACAUGAGGCUGUUGCGAACGAUGAGGAUAUUCGAUUGAGACUGCACAAACUGAAGGAUUUGGAGGAGGAAGCUGAGGGAUUGAGAAAGGCUAAUCAUAGUUUGCAGCUUGAAAAUUCUCAUUUGGCGCGGAAGCUGGAAUACAAUCAAAUGUUUGCAAGUUCUGUUUUAGAAGACCAAGAGGCAGAAGCAUUGAAGGAAGAAAGCCAGCGUUUAAGACAACAAAAUGAAGAUUUAUCAAAGGAAAUUGAACAACUCCAAGCAGAUCGGUGUGGUGAUGUCGAGGAACUAGUGUAUCUCCGGUGGAUAAACGCUUGCUUACGUUAUGAGCUGAGAAACUAUGAACCUGGACAUGGAAAAGCAAUUGCUAGGGACCUUAGCAAAACUUUAAGCCCCAAAUCAGAAGAGAAAGCCAAGCAGCUAAUAGUCGAGUAUGCAAAUAAAGAAGGCUUUGCAGAAAAGGGAAUCAACAUCACAGAUUCUGAUUUUGACCAGUGGUCGUCCUCUCAUUCGUAUGUUACUGAUUCCGGUGAGCUUGAUGAUACUUCUUUUGACAACUCAUCCAAUCACAAGACAGAUACUACGACCAAAACAAAAUUUUUCAGCAAGUUGAGGAGACUACUACGGGGAAAAGACAGUCACCAUCACAGUCGUAGUUCAUCAAUGGAAAUAAUUGCGUCUGUGGAUGAUGUUUCACCUGGGAUUGAUGGUGGAAAUGGUGGACUAGGUAAACAUCAAAAGAGUUCAUCAUUGGGUUCAUCUAGAUCGUCGGUAGAUUUUGACAGAUUAAAGAUGCUAAAAGUAGAUGAUGUGAAGUAUACGGGAAGUAGCUCAAGAAACAGUGAUGUUGGACCCCCUUCGGUUUACAAGACCAUUGCUUUGGGAAGGGAAAGUGGUAAUGGAGAUUCUCCAAAGGAAAGCAUAAUUCAUGAAAACACGGGAACCGGUCAGAAAUCUGAACUGGUGAAAUAUGCAAAUGUUUUGAAGGAUUCUUCUGUUGAAAGAACAAAGUCCAGCCGGACACGGAGAUCGGCAUCUCAUGCUUCAUUUUGACCUUUUUCUUCAUUUUAACGUCUAGCGGUCGAUAUAGAAAAUUUGAUACCUCUUUUAUCUGUCCAUAUGAUAGUAGAUCUUGAAACAUUUAGUGAUUUGGGUUUUCUUGUCAUGCACAAGUUACCAAUAUAGCCUUUUGUAAUGACUUAGAAUUUGAGAAUGUAAAUACUUAUUUGUAGAAUGGUGUAGAAAUUGUUGAGAUUA